GUACAACUCAGGUUGUAAAGGUUAGUAGGGUGGCAUCACAAGAGUUGCUGGUUUACUUUCCCCACACUCCUCAAAACUAAUCUUCUUGACCCUUUCCAUAUUUUCUGAUCGCUACAAAUCACUUAACCUACAUAAUUCGCAUCAAAAAAAGAAAAAUGGCUCCGGGAGUGCCCGUGGACGUCUUUUCAUCCUCCGGCAAGGUUAACAGAGGCUACUUGAAAAAGGCUUACGUAACAUUUUUAGCUGGUAACGGUGAUUACUUUAAAGGGGUGGUCGGAUUAGCCAAGGGUUUGCGCAAGGUCAAGAGUGCAUACCCUCUUGUAGUUGCUGUCUUGCCCGAUGUACCUGAGGAACACCGAGAGAUUUUGCGGUCUCAAGGUUGCAUUGUUCGGGAGAUUGAGCCUAUUUAUCCACCAAAGAACCAGAUUCAGUUCGCCAUGGCCCACUUCGUGAUCAAUUACUCCAAGCUUCGUAUAUGGAACUUCGAGGAGUACAGCAAGAUGGUUUAUUUGGAUGCUGAUAUUCAAGUGUACGAGAAUAUAGACCACCUUCUUGACACACCACAUGGCUACAUCUAUGCUGUAAUGGACUGCUAUUGUGAAAAGGUAUGGAGCCACUCGUUCCAAUACUCCAUUGGUUACUGCCAGCAGUGCCCUGAUAGGGUGAAAUGGCCGGCCGAGAUGGGAUCUCCUCCUCCUUUGUACUUCAACGCCGGCAUGUUCGUGUUUGAACCCUGCCAUUUGACCUAUGAAAAACUCCUUGAGGCUCUACAGAUCACCCCACCAACACCAUUUGCGGAGCAGGAUUUCUUGAAUAUGUUUUUCCAAAAAGUGUACAAACCCAUCCCUGUCGCAUACAACCUGGUUCUUGCCAUGUUAUGGCGCCACCCAGAGAAUGUAGAGCUCGAUAAAGUAAAGGUGGUCCACUAUUGUGCAGCUGGAUCAAAACCCUGGAGGUAUACAGGAAAAGAAGAAAACAUGGAGAGAAAGGACGUGAAGAUGCUGGUGGCCAAAUGGUGGGACAUUUAUAACGAUGAGUCUCUGGAUUUUAAGGCUGAAAACCUUGUUCCAGAGGCAGACCAAACAACGUUUUCAAAGCCAUCAAUCAUGGCUUCAAUGCCUGAUCAGCCUGCCAUUUCCUAUAUCCCUGCUCCCUCUGCUGCUUAAAGCUGGUCUUAAAACUUAGAAGAGAGAGUUUAAAGUGAAGUUGGUGUAAUCUUAUUCCCAUCUUCUUCUUUUUUUUAACUUUUAUCUUAAAUAAUUUUAAAAUAAAAAGCUUUAUAUUUUAAUUAUUGGCUUGUUGCUGUGUCCUACGAGUUUACAAAUCGUACUAUAUUAGAUACAUAAAGAAUCUAUAAAUCUAUAUAUUUGAUAUAAUUGCUUAUACAAACUUUACGUGCAAAAGAAUAU